AUGUCAAUGUCAUCGUCGACUGACGUUGAGCUUGCCGACCCCUCAAGGCACUCCCCUAGUCCAACCAGAACAGAGACCCAACAUGCGAAUACAAAUGAAAAGGGCUCUCGAGACGAUCUCAACUUGUACAGAGUCACUCUGGAUGAGAAGGACGACCCGCUCAAGCUCUCCCUCGCCAGACGUUGGAUGGCCGUCGUGAUCAUCUGUUCAGGAGCCGCUUGCGUUACUUGUGCCUCUUCGGCGGCAGCUAGCGCAGAAACGCAACUGCAGUCAGCCUUUGGUGUCUCAAAGGAAGUAACUAUUCUCGGGGUCUCGCUCUUCGUCCUCGGCCUUGCUUUCGGACCUCUACUAGCCAGCCCCGUCUCGGAGAUGUGGGGACGCAACAUCGUAUACAGGACAUCUUUCAUCACUUUCCUUGCUUUCAACUUUGCUGUGGCAUUUGCACCGAACAUCGCCGUAUAUCUAGUCUUCCGCUUUGUGACAGGCUGGUGCGGGGCGGCGUUCCUGAGCGUCGCCGGCGGAAGCGUCAGUGACUUGUUUCCAAAGCAUAAAGUGGCAACACCCGUGGCUGUCUAUACGCUAUCCCCCUUCAUAGGGCCAGAGCUUGGACCUCUAUACGGCGGCUUUGUGAAUCAAAACGCCUCCUGGCGCUGGACUUUCCAUGUCAUCAGCAUCUGGUCUGCUUUCCAGAUCAUCGCUUUAUAUAUGUUUGUGCCGGAGACAUACGCUCCGGUCAUCCUGGCUGGGAAGGCAUCGCGCUUGCGUAAAGAGACUCAAGACGAUCGCUACUUCGCUGAAGCAGAACACCACACCGGUAGCUUUGCUCAAAAGCUAGUAGUGAGCUGCUACAAACCUUUCCAACUCAUUCUCUACGAUCGCAUAGCUUUCCUCAUCAAUCUCUGGAAUGCUCUGAUCCUGGGGAUCAUAUACCUGACGUUUCAAGCCUUUCCCAUCGUCUUCGGGGACGUUCAUGGCUUUGCGCCCGAGAUCGUCGGCAUUUGCUUCCUCGGUAUUGCAUUAGGCGUGAUAUUCGCGCUUGCGUCUCAGCCCUACUGGAACAUGCGCAGUCGCCGCUAUCGCGAGGAACACGGAGAUCCGCCGCCCGAGUUCUGCUUGGUGAUGGGACAAGUUGGAGGCGUUUUGGUCGCUCUCGGCUUGUACAUCAUAUCCUUCACGACGUACAAGUCUGUGAGCGCCGCGGGUCCCAUCAUCGGCAGUAUACCUUUCGGCGCCGGAUCAUUCUUUGUCUUCGCGAGCUCUUUCACAUAUCUCGUCUCCACCUAUCGACCAAUCGCUGCUAGCGCUAUGGCAAGCAACUCGGCGAUGCGUUGUUGCUUUGCGGCAGGCUUUCCUCUGUUCGCAGGUCCUAUGUACGACACUCUGGGCACUGUGGGAGCAACGGCCCUGCUCGCAGGACUCACAACGCUCAUGGCACCCUUACCAUUCGUCUUUCACAAGUACGGCGCUCGAUUGAGGGAACGAUCUCGUUUCGCUGUCGCCUGA